AUACGAUCAGCGCGUUCCGUUCAAUCAUUAACAAAAAUCCCGGGUUCCAAGUGUAAGCUAGGCGCUUCUGAAGUCAACCUGUUAUCAUUAUGGAUGCUUAAAGAAUAGAAGAGAAGCAGAAAGAAAAUUCUUUCGAAAAUUUUCAUAAAAUCACCAGAAUUGGAAGGUGCACACUCGCUGGGUAUAAAACCAAUGUUGAUAACUUUAGGACAAGAUUGUGAAGAUACAAUAGACUCACUAAGCCUUCAAUUCAAGUGUUUAAUAUUAUCAGAUGUCGAUGUUUGGAUCAGUAUGCUCUGGGAGACCUGGUAAGUAAAGCACAAACUUAGAAAUACUCAAGAAUGUAAUCUAACAAUCUCUCUAGUUCAACUUGCUGAACAGGUUGAUACCAAUAAAUAUGCCAUAAAUAUGGAGAAUGGUACCAAGAUAUCACAUGUUGCUAUAUUCCUACUACCAAACAUCGAGCUGGACCCGUCUUUUGCUGCAUUGAUCUUUUUCCAGCUACCAAACCAAGAUUUCAAACUUUUUGGUUCAAUAUCAGCAAGUAAACCAAGUGCUAUCUUCAAAUUAAAUAAUAGUGUUCAAAAUAGUCCACAAAUUAUGGAUGAGAUGGAUAUGGAUACUGAUCAAGCAAGUGAUCCAUUGAAUAACAUCACGGUGGGGAUCUCAAUUGAACCAGUUGCUGAUGCUGAAAGACAACUAGAAGAAGCUAAAGCUUUUGCUCAAUCUUCAAAACAAAAACAAUUAACUACAACACCAUAUAAUGGAAGCAUUAUGCCUUCAAACCCAAACACAACUGCUCUUUUGGCUGGGAAGAUUGUAAAACAUGCAUAUAAUUACCUAACGGGUUUCAUAGAUGAUCAGGGGAGAAUAAAUAUAAAGUAUUUUGAUACAUGGUGGGAUAAAUUUAAAACAAGAUUACAAAAUGAUCCUAAAUUUCUUGAUGCUACUCAAGAGUUGUAAAUUUAGAACAACGUCUCCCUCUAUGGUUGAUGAUAUGUGUUAUGAUAAAGAAUCAAUUUUAAUAUAACGUUUUAAUGUCCAUUCAGCAAGUGUAGAAGAGCCAUCUCGUUAUCUGUUUAAGCGACGAUUCAUCUAUAUU